AUGACUAAAAACCUCCCAAAAUAUUACGAAGAAACUCUGGUUGGUAGUACCGACGAAGGCGUUGUCGUGAAUACGGUAGUGAAGCAUACAGAUAACUAUCCUUCGUUAUUUUUUUGGGAGAGAAAUUACCACGUACUUUAUAUUUCGGGCAAAUUCACUGCAGAAGAGUGCCCAAUAUGUUUGGUAACGUUCAACGAAGGAGAUAAGUUGGUACAAAUGCAAUGUAGCCAUAUAUUUCACGAACCUUGUUUCAGAACCUGGUUCAAGAGAAGUAAGACUUGCCCUUACUGCCGUUUGAAUAUUUGGGGCCUCGCAGUAUUCUCACACGAAACGGAUUAUGAAGUUGGCAGGAAUGGCUUUGUGACAGCUACAAUUAAAACGAAGUCUGAUCACACUUAA